ACUAGUUUCAGGCCCUCCCCAUGGAGAAUCCAGUACCAUGACGGUCUGGCGAUGCAAAAGGACUGGCGUGAGCUUUGAUGCCAAAAAGCCUUGUUCUUGAAGGGAAGGUACAGAGCUGGACUAGCCGUUUGGCAUAUAGGGAAGCCCUUCUCUUCCCGCCAGAGACCGCUGCUGCUUUGAAACGCACGCUGGAAGCUCUGAUGGACAGAGGGGCCGUUGUGAGGACCCUGGAGAACCUGGGUGAGCGCGCCCUCCCCUACAAGAUGUGCUCCCACAGCCAGCGGCACAGCAGAGGAGGGUAUUUCUUGGUGGAUUUUCAUGCACCAACCACCACCGUUGAGAGCAUGAUGGAGCACUUGUCUCGAGACACUGACGUGAUCAGGCCGACCAUCGUGAGGCACCCGCUCACGCAGGAAGAACGAGAGUGUGCAGGGAUUGUCCCGGUGCCACUUGAAGAAAAACUGUAUUCCACCAAGAAGAGGAAGUGAGCGGACCCGCUGCAUUUCCGCCUCCUAUUUAGUUCUCACUUAUGAGCAUCGGAGACUCAUCACUUGCCAGCCUGACCUUUAUAAAGGGUGUCACAGGGGCCACUUAGUUUUCCCGGGUAUGUUGAGCCCUUGCUCCCUCCCCUUGGCCGCCCUCGAAGCGGGGCGGUGGUCUGCCCAGAGCCUCCAUCACCCCGGCACCUGCACCUCAUUCUGGGUUUUCUCUAUUCAUGUCAUUUCUGGGUCAGUGAGGACUUUUGCCCUAAAUAGCACGAAUACCACUUGGAAGAGCAGAGCUUAUGACAACUGCCUGGGAUUGUAUCACCAUGAAAAAUAAAGGUGUGAGGUCACUGUGCUGUAUGAGUCACUUCUGAUCAGAGUAAUAAAUGUGUUGGAAAAACUUGUGGAGGUGUUUUGUCU